AUGAAACCUGUCUACGGGCUUUCUUUGGUUGCCUUCUUGGUCUUCUAUUCAUGGAGACGUAAGUCCCUUACUUCACUCGGCCUUGUCACGGCUGGGUUGACGGCUACCGUACAUGCCUUGCACCCAUGGAACACACCAUUUGUGCUCCUCGCCGUGUUCUACCUCGGGUCUCAAAGAGCUACCAAGGUUAAGCACGAAAUCAAAGCACGCUUGACGGUCUCUGCGACAGGCGCAGAGGGCGGCGAAGGACCCCGAAACCACGUCCAGGUGCUGGUUAACUCGAUUACUGCCACCGUUCUGAUCAUCGCACAUACAUUCGUCCUCUCCAGAGACGACUUCGAAUCAUGUUUCGCGAUGGGUAACACCGCAGCUGAUAUCCUGAUGGUCGGGAUUGUAGCACACUACUGCGCAACCGCUGCCGACACAUACUCCUCCGAACUAGGCAUUCUUGCCAAAUCCAAACCCCGCCUUAUUACAUCCCUGACCCUGCGACAAGUCCCACCAGGCACGAACGGCGGUGUCACAAUGGCAGGCUUACUUGCUGGUCUGCUCGGCUCCUUCACAGUUGCACUGGGAUCUGUCCUAUCGACUCCAGUCUGCAGCGAACGCUCUAGUCUUCAAGAUCGUGCACUGUGGGUCGUCGCACUCUCAUUCUGGGGUCUGAUGGGGAGCGUCCUUGAUAGUGUUCUUGGAGGACUGUUUCAAUCUACCGUGGUAGACACGCGGAGUGGCAAGGUUGUCGAAGGCAGUAAUGGCCAGACCGUUCUCAUUCGACCGGGGUCCUCGAACUCGAGAACUGGUUCCAAGCAGACUUCAACUGGAGAGUCGACAGGAACCGAUCAGCUCAAUGGGGCAGGUGGUGUUACACAGCGCGGCAGUCAUGCCACGGGACAGUCUGUGGACGCCCCGGCGGGACAUGAAGGUCAUCAGAGCCGACAGAUGCUAAGUGGACGUAAUUGGCUCAAUAACAAUGGGGUCAAUUUGGUUCAGGCUUUGGUGAUGACUGUAGGUGCUAUGGGUAUUGCCCAGUGGUUUUGGGGAAUUGAUGUACGAGAGCUUCUAGAACUUCUGGCAUGA